AGCUUCCUUUCUACACCUCUAGAACUUGAGUACCCAAUUCUGCGGUUCGAAAUUUCUCAUUGCUAAGGCUUGCGUUUCAGGUUGUUGAUUCAAUAUGUUUCGGAAUAAUUAUGACAACGACUCCGUCACAUUUUCUCCGCAAGGGAGAAUAUUUCAGGUCGAAUAUGCACAAGAAGCCGUCAAGCAAGGUUCGGUGGUGGUUGGAAUUGUCAGCAAAACACAUGCAGUAUUAGCCGCGCUCAAGAGAAACGCAGAAGAACUCUCUUCUUACCAAAAGAAGGUCAUCGCAAUCGACUCGCACAUGGGUAUUGCCAUUGCCGGCUUAGCGUCAGACGCUCGUGUCCUCUCCAAUUUCAUGAAACAACAAUCUCUCUCCUCAAAGAUGACAUACGGCCGCCCCAUCCCUGUAGAACGCAUUGUUAGUCGGAUUGGUGACCGUGCUCAGACAAAUACACAGCAUUACGGGAGGAGACCCUAUGGCGUGGGACUGCUGGUCGCGGGGGUUGACGACGCUGGGCCUCACUUGUUUGAAUUCCAGCCCUCUGGCAUGACACAGGAGAUGCUUGCCUGCGCGAUUGGGGCAAGAAGCCAAAUGGCACGCACAUAUCUAGAAAAGCAUUUGGAUGAAUUUGCAAAUUGUGGACGGGACGAAUUAAUCAAUCACGCUCUGAAGGCAUUGAAAGAGAGUUUGUCCCAGGAUAAGGAGUUGACGAUUGAUAAUACCACAGUGGGGGUCACGGGUAUUGGCACAGAGGCAACAAGGGGGAAGAUGGAUACCUUCAAGGUGUACGAUGGCCAGGACGUCACAGCUUUCUUGGAGGCGAGCACGGGCGAAGCCGUCACCUCCACCACAGAACCUCAGGGAGGAGAAUCGAUGGAAGUGGACUCCUGAUAAUGUCCUUUGAUAGACAUUGUGUUUGCUAACUUAUCCUUGUUUUGCCUUGGUUCGGUGUUUAGCUACGGGUAAUGAGAUGGAUUUGCCAAUACCCAUGUCUCAUGUCAGUUUGCUCAUCUCAUAAAGCCUCAAAUGAUUGAUUUGCUCAUUCUUUGGAGCAUUCUGUUAGCUAAUUGCUAUGCA